AUGGCGGACCAGGAUGUAUUUUGUUCAAGCAAAAAUAUCCUUACGGGAGCCCCUGAUUCAGGACAAAACAAGGACAGUGGUGAAAAAGUGUCAGAAAAUAUCCAAGAUAAACAAACAGAUUUUGCUAACAAGUUUCGCCGGCUACGAGCGUGUGCUAGAUGUCACCGUUUAAAGAUGAGAUGCGUUUUUGAAGACCCGAAUUAUGAGAGUUGUACAAGGUGCUUCAAAGCGGGACUUCGAUGUUCUGCAACUGUCGAUCCCACGUCUGCUAUGGCUAAACCAAGACCAAGGAAAAAAUGCAAGAUCAAAGGUACGGGACCUUUGGUAAACCUCCAAGUGUCAAUUAAUGAAGCAAACAAAUACAUCAAGACAUUCCAAGAGGAAAAUUAUAGUGAGGUUGAUGCUGAGCUGAACGAGGAAAACUUGGCAAUGCUACAAGAUCAACUGGCUGAGGUACAGCGUUUGCUUGCACAUACUUUGGCUAUACACAGAAGAAGAAACUCAACGAAUGAAGCAGACAGGAGGGAAGCAAAUACAAUAAAUUCAAUCAAGGCGGGUUCAGUAAAGAGUGUACCAGGUCUGCCGUGGAUAUCAAAAGAUGCCAACAUAGUGAAGGAGUUGAUAAAGAUAGGCAUAAUCACAGACACAGAAACAAGCCAAAGGUUGGAGUAUUUCAAAACCGAAUUGUACCCCUACUGGCCAUGUAUAUCUUUUCCUAAGCAUUACACAUAUAGUUGGCUGUUAGAUAAUGAACCUCUACUUUUGUUAGGAUGUAUCACCGUUACUACUCUAAAUGAACCAGACCUACAUGAUACCUUAUUGUACUACUUGGAAGAAGCACUAUCUCUUAGGGUGGCUAUCACGGGGAACAUAACUGUUAGUAUGAUAGACGUGUACUCUAUAUUAUCGUUAUGGUGCUCACCGCCUAAAAAAUGGGGAUCAUACAAACAUCAAAUGAGUCUUAUGAUGGCACUAAGUUUAACAUUAUGCUUGGAUAUUGGAAAUGAAGCAUGUAAACAUUCUUCCACUGUGCUUACAGAUGAUUCUUUUGACAAACAAAUGGUAAGGACUUAUAUGUCGGUUUAUGCUUCAUGUGGAUCUUUGGGUUUAUCAUUACCGAAGUUUAAAGUUGUUAAUUGGACACCAGUUCAUGAAAAAUGUUCACACUUGUUGAUAAAAGGAGAAACAAAUCAGUCAGACAAGUUCCUACAUUUUUUCACAAGGUUGGUUUCAAUAGGGGAAGAAAUUUUUCAGUUUUUUUGUCCAAAUGGAUUUAAUAAAAAAUUGUCACUAGCAAAUACACAACCUAAAGGUACCUCAAAAGAAUUCAAAAUCACAAACAAUGAGCUUAGAUCUACAAUGAUUGGUUAUGAGCAACGUAUGCAAACAUUAGCUAGAGAUUCAAAACUAUUCAGUACUUCAUCUAAAGCAAAAAAUCUCCUGUCAAUAAUAUACUAUCAAUUAUUAAUGACGAUGUACGACUAUGUGGUAUGCCAUGUUUUAGACAAAAGAGAAGUUGUUACUGAAGUAUACCUCCAAACAUUAACAAGAUUAGUGAAGGCAAGUGAGAAGGUUAUAGAGUCUUUCACUCAACUGUGCAACCAAACUUCCAAUUUCCCGACAUUUUUUUAUUACCGGCCAAUGCAUGCGCUAGUUGCCUUAAUCAGAGCACGACUAUUGAUAAAAGCACAGCAUCUUGACUUGGAUGUGGACGUUGAAAAAGAUUACAAAAAGGUAUGCGCUAGUAUCAAAAAUAUAUCGAGUAGAUCAAUAGUUGCAAAAAAGAUGUCAGUAAUUCUGACAAGAGUUUCAAAAUGGAUGAAAGUUUCUAACAAAUUUGAUAAGACAGGCUCUACAAAUUUGAUGAUGGAUCUCUUGAAUGAGCUUGGAAAGGAGAAAGCAGUUGAAAGCAUAAAAAUUGACUUGAAUGUAGCCGACCAAGGAGAUAAUAUGAAUCUAUCUGACAAAUCCAAGAUUAGACUGAAUAAUCCUAGGGAUUGUAAUGACAACAUAUACAACAGUUUUCCAGAUCUGGUUGCUUCCUCCAUAUCUAUGAGACCGACAUCUUCAGUAGAAGGUAGUUCUUCUACCAUUUCCAUGCCUUCUCCCAUUGGAUUUUCGAGCUCGGAGUACUCACAAACCGAUGAGGCAAACCGUUCUAGUCUGAAGAGAGCGAAGAACACAGAUGUGCAAACUUCUAGUGAGCACCCAUUAGUACAACUAGACACUACAUUGGAUGAUCUCACUGAUAUACAGAAGCAACAGGAAUUCUUGCAUGGAUUAUUUAGUCAAAUUGAUUCCGAUAUAAUGGGAGCAGAAGACCAGGUGAGUGACACGAACCUAGCCACCCCAAUACCGUUUAUGUUUGAUUUUCUAGGGAGUGGACCUCAGGCAAGCGAGCUUCCAAUACUAGAGGAUUGGUAUAAAAACCUAUAA